GUGAGUCUCCAGGUGUUUGUUCUGAACCUGUCUCACCUGCCUGCUUCAACCGUCUCACCUGGCCACCGCCGCUGCUGAGCGAGUUUCCCGUCGACUCCCUGAGGAUCAGACCUGCCGAAACACCAUCAUGGAGUCCAGAGAGGAGGAACAAGAGGAAGACAUGCCCAGGUCUCCUGCUGCAGACGUCUCUAUCAGUAUUACUAAUCCUGAUAACUCCAGCACUGCUGAUCCUGGUGGGACUCCUCCAGCUCCAGUUUCUCCUUCAGCUACCAGUGUGACUCCAGAUUCACGGUCUGAUGAUCAAACGGGUACGAAGUUAAACGGAGCACAGGAUGAAACAGAAGAGCUGGUUGCCAUGGCAGCAGUGAGUGCUGAAUCAGCAGAUGAAGAAAAAAUAAGAGAUGAAGAACAAGAAGAAGAAGAAAAAACGUCUCUGGUAGCCAAGGAGGAUGAGGAUGCAGGUGAAACAGAGCAGGAGGGCGACUUCCAGCCAGGGUCUGAGGAGGAGAAGUUUGUCUCUGAGCAGAAUUUACCGUCACCAACCAGCGACAGACCAGCCCCUCCCACCAGCCUGGCGUUGUCAGAGUCACGGCCAAAGAAGAAGAAAGUCCUGGUGGCUCCAGCUCUCAGUCUGUCUUUAGAUCGUAGUGAAUCCACAGUAUCAGACGACUUCUCCGCGUUGUUCCUCUCCCCCUCACCUGAAGGUGACGAUGACGCAGGGCUUGACUUUGACCUGGACGCCAUGGAAACGCCCUCAGACAGCGAAUCACUGCACUUUCCCAUCUAUGACCUCAACCUUGAAGAUGACCUGCGGCGUCUCGGCGUGGCGUCCCGGCGUCGAAGAGUGCACGCCUCCGGGUCCAGGCCAGAUUCUCGGACUGGUUCAGGGUUGGGGAUGGACCUGAGUGACCUGGGAGCUCUGGAGAGGGAGGACAUGGUGGACAGCCAGGGCACCAGGUGGCGCUGUUUCUCUACAGGCGAACCACCGCAGGAGAGCCGGGUCAACAUGAGUGUCCUGGAGCCGUUUCUCAGGGUGCUUUCUCACGGAGGUUACUAUGGAGACGGUAUGAAUGACAUCAUAGUUUUUUCUUCCUGUUACCUGCCGCAGAACAGUCUGGAAAAUUACCAGUAUGUGAUGGAUAACCUGUUCAGGUACGUGGUAGGGACUCUGGAUCUGAUGGUUGCAGAAAACUACGUCAUCGUGUAUCUGUGUGCUGGAGGCCAGAAAGACAAACUACCAGGAAUAGGAUGGCUCAAAGAGUGUUACACCACCAUCGACAGGAGGUUGAGGAAGAACCUGAAAGGUUUCUACGUGGUCCAUCCCACCUGGUACAUCAAAGCUCUCAUCACCAUCAUCAAACCCUUCAUCAGCUCUAAGUUCAGCAGGAAGCUCCAGUUCGUCGACACCCUCCAGGAUCUCUCUGUCUUCAUCCCCACUGAGCACGUGCAGAUCCCAGACUGUGUGGCACAGUACGACAGCGAUCUGUCCAGGUGAGACUCUGUGUGACGUCAGAGUUAAAACCUUUGAUUUCUCCCAUGAAGCUGAGAGAAAACUCAAAGACACUUCUCAGUGUUUGAACCAGCGGGUCAGAAGGUCUGCCAUCUAAAAGAACAAAAACCCAGCCUGGUGUUUCUCUGGUUUUAUUUCCACGGUUUGAUCAAACGUUUCAGACUUUAUUUCAGAAACAGCAUUAAAGCUGAACAGUUUCACUAAAACAGUCGGCCCACUUUGUAAAGUAGUCUACUUAAAUAAACCUUAUUUUAUCA